UUUAACACUUGCAUAGGUACGUCGCAUAUGCGACAUUAGACUAUUAUAGUAUAUGUGCCUAUACCUAUUUUGCGCACGUCUGUCGCAACUAUAACACAGGAUACGUCCUAUACUAUUGAUGGGAUGCACGAAUGCCUUCGAUGUCUAAUCGAUAAUAGCUAAGAGUUGAAAACGUAAUCAAGGUUUCUCAUAAGUAGUUCAUACUGAAACGAACAAUUGUAAUAAGUAGGUAUAGCUCAAGGCGAAGCACCUCAAAACAAUAUUGGAGCAGAACGUGAAAUUGAGGAUUCAGACGAAAACUUAGUUGUUUUAGAAAAAGAAGAGAGAAAUGUACUUAGAAAAUGUAAUAUAUGGAGACGUCAAAAUAUCGAUGCUAUCGAAAAUGCGGUGGCUAAACGAAAAUUUCAACAAAAAAUGAUAAUACAACCACCUGUUGUUAAGAAAAUUGAAAACAGUGAAUUUGAACUAGGCACUCUUAUUGAAGAAUUGAAUAACUUUAUAGAAGGUAAAUGUUUAAUUUUCCAUACAAAUGAAUAUGAACGUGAAUGGAUCGACAGAAAUAUCAAUCAAGAUAGAUUAUCUGAAGUUAAAAACACAUUAAUUGAAAUAAAUAAAAAAUGCAUGGAAAUUGAUGAUAAAUUUAAAAUAACCAGUAAUAAAGAAGAUAUACUGGUGAUACAAGAAGAUAUUGUUUCACUAAAAAAAGAAAGUUUAGAUCUUCUUAAGCAAAAAGACAAAAUUAUUGAUAAACUAUUAGAAGGACUAGAAGAAUUGUUAACUAAAUCGUUUAAUGAAACAACUUCUAUUACAAAUGAUCUGGAUAAAUUGAAUGCAAUUGCAAACAAUAAAUUGCGCAUCCUUAAAGAAGAGCAUAAAAAGUAUUAUUUAUCUAUUACUAAAUUGAUUGAAGAUACAAAAAAUGAAAAAAAUAACAAUGAUUCUGCUAAAUGGAGUCUUUUGAUGAACAAAAUCAUUAAUAAAAUUUCAAAUGCAGCAUUAAAACGAUUGGUAUUAAUUGAAAAAAACAACCUUGAGUUAAUAAAGCUAUUUAAGACCAAUGAAGAGAACGCAAAAAUCUUUAGAUUAGAAACAACUGAGAAUUAUAUUGGAGUUGAUACCGAUUUGGAAUUUGUUAAAAUGAGAUGCUCAACAAAUAUAAAAAAACUUGAAUAUAAUUGUCAUGUUUUAAAAAAAAAAAUAGAAGAUAAUAAUUUUAGAAUAGUAAAUCAAAAAAGAAGAAUUAACUUUUUACAAGAAAUAGUGUAUUCACUGAGAGAAAAAUGUAAUAAAAUCGAAUCUGACGUUACAACCCAAAAAUCUAUAAUUGAAAAACAAAUUAUAAAUAUAAACAAACAAAUUGAUGAGCAAGAAAAAAGAGCUGAUUCUGUUGCAAAAUCUGAUAAUGACGAAUACGUACAAUUGUGGGACCUUCAACUGACCGAUAUCAUAAAUCACAUAAAUAGUGUUCGUCAAACCGAUAAUUUUAUACGCGAUUAUUUCAGUUUUGGUGGCGAGACAAAUUUCUGUGAUAAACUCACUAUUGAUGACGAUGAUACAAUAGUGCCACUUUUGAAACACAUUAAUAAUCUAAUAUUAUAUGAGCCUGUACACAACAGUUUAAGCACAAAUUAUUAUAAAUAUAUCAGAGAUAAAGCUCUUAAUAAUCUGUUAUUGGAUUUCAUUGUUAGGAACUCGAGUUUUGUGUUUGACCAUAACUCAAAUGGAAUUCUUAACACAAAUUCAAUGCGGAAUUUAUCAUACGCUUAUAAUGCUUUCAGCAAUUUAAAGCUAAAUAAAGAAGAAUCUUGGGAUCUCAUAAAAUCUAAAUUUAAGCCAUUUGUGAAUUGUAUUGUUUGUAAUUCUCAAAUAAAUUGGGAAUCGGGUGAAAUUAUCGGAACGUCGGGCAGUGAACAAAAAACAUGUAAUAAUUAUACAAUAUCAGAUAAUUGCAUCAACGAACAGAAAUCGAUCAAAUAUUUAUACUUUGAGAAAUUAUGUAGAAAUAUAACUCAACAUAGCAAAAAUAUUGACAAACUUAAAAAAUCAGAUCCGUUAGAUGAAUGUAAGAAUGACACUGCAUAUUCAAACAAUAUUACUUUUGAAAAUAUUGAUGAAGAACAAAAUAAUAAAUAUUCCACAAUUUUAGUUGAAGAAAAUACAUCACUUAACAAUACUCGAUGUGGAAACUCGAAUCAUAAAUUAUUCAUUGACAACAAGCAUUUCAUGCAUAUUAUGAAAGAGAUAAUAAAAGAAUCGCAAUCAACACGUUUCUCAAAACCAAAGUCAUUAUACCAUAGAUUAAAAAAAGAAUAUAAUUUUGUACAGUGGAAAAUUACUGAAAAUGAUUUACAAAAAUAUUGGUCUCAACUCGUCAAAUAUAUUCCAAGUAGUGUUGAUUCGUGGAAAAUGUACUACGAGGAACUUGGACAUUAUUAUAGAAUUUUAGUUGUGAGGCAGAAAAAAAUACUAAAGACAAAAAAAUUACAAGCUGAAAAUACGGAGUUGAAAAAAGUGAUUCAUGAAUUAGAGCUUUAGAAGAUGAUUAUAAUAUUAAUAAUAAUCAUAAUAUUAUGAAAAUAAUAUAUAACUAUAUUAUCCAAUGUAUCUAAUCUAAUAUCUUAGAUAACAAAUGUUCUAUUACUUCAACGCAAAUAUAUGUAGGUAUUAUUUUAUUAUUAUUUAAUAGGUAUAGGUAGUUGUAAGAAACCAAAGUUAUAAUAUAGGUACCUACUGUCGGUUGUCGCGCGAACAUAUUGUAUCUCUAUAAUCUAUAUACUAAGACGUGCACACGGAUAUGCAGUAUGGCAAGGGUAAUAUACGAUUGCAAAUGGAUCGAUUGCAAACGUCCUUUUCCGGUAACACGAUCGCGAACGUUGUACCUUUUUUAUAACAUGAUUGCGAACGAAUGAUGCUUAUCAGAGAAUUUGUUUUUUUUAACCUUGCAAAAAAUUGUACAUAAUUUAAAUUGUUGAGCUAUUUACAAAACGUAUAAUUAAAAAUUUUAAUAACUGGUAAAAUAUACAAAAAAAUAGGUAAUCGCUUUGUUGUACAGUAGGUAUCAAAUUACAAACUAUAGUUCCACUUUGAUGCCAAAAAAUAAAAAAUAUAUAAUUUAUUUAAAAAAUAAAAUCACAUAAUUAUUAACAUUGUAACAUCGAUAGAUUCGUCGUUCCACUGAGAGCCUAAAAUAUUUAUUUUGAGGGAGAUUUCUGGAUUUCUGGUAGGUAUAGUUUGUACUUGCAGGUGGGUCAAAACAAGACAUUUCUCAGAGAGCCAUGGUCUCUGAGAUUACCGAUUAAAUAUAUAGAUAAAUCGAUAACUUAAACACAUAGAAAAAAUGAUUUUGCGUAAAUGCAUUUUGUCUAUGUUGCGUGUGACUGUGAGCCAGAGAGAGA